AUGGGUGAGAGAUAUGAAGAUAUUUCUCAGGAAUUCAAUAGAAUAAUGUAUGGAAAACAGCAGAAAGCAACUAGAUGGAAGGACUGUACCAGUCAGACUAUGCACCGAUUGCAGUACGCCACUGGCGCUAUAUACGUGAAAAAGGCCUUUGACCAGGCGUCUAAAAAUGUUAUCUUGGAAAUGAUCGACGAUCUACAAGAAGCAUUCCGCGAGAUUCUUCUCACCAACGACUGGAUGGAUGAGCGAACUAGAAGCACGGCUUUGGACAAAGCGAACCAGAUGUUGCGUCAGAUUGCCUACCCGGAUUUCAUCUUGAAUGAUGAGAAACUAGAUGAACAUUACGACGGACUUGAUGUACGCGAGUCUGACACCUACAGCGAAAUGCUGGAGAAAGUCGCACGAUGGGGCAUCGAGUAUUCUUUUAAGAGGCUAAUUAGACCGGUAGAUCGCUCCGAGUUCAACUUCAAUUCAGCUGUAAUAAACGCAUACUAUUCUUACACCUCCAAUUCUAUUAAGUUCCCAGCGGCCAUUCUUCAGGCUCCAUUCUUCCACCAUACGUUCCCAAGGUUGGUUUAAUA